GGGAUAACGGCAUGGUAUACGUGCAGGUCACCAGCGGGUAACAGCCUGAGGAUAUCUCAUCACUCCUGGGAAUUCUACAAUCAAAGAGGCUGAGCAUCCUUCCUCCUGAAAACUCAGCCAAAAUGGAGCUUCUCUUGGUCUGCCUGUUCCUGGAGAUGGUCCUCAUGUCCACUGCUGCCAGGGGUCCCCCCAGGGUGUCAGAGCGGGUGGCCCACCGGCAGAGCAUCCGUCUUGGUCGCACCAUGAAGCUGUCCUGCCCUGUGGAGGGCGACCCCCCGCCGCUCAUCAUGUGGACCAAAGACGGCCGCAACAUCCACAGUGGCUGGACUCGGUUCAGGGUUUUACAGCACGCCCUGCGAAUUAAAGAGGUGGAGACGGACGAUGCGGGAACUUACAUCUGUAAGGCCACCAACGGCUUUGGCAGCGUGAACAUCAACUACACACUCAUCGUUAUAGAUGACUCCAGCUCAAGAGGUGGAGCGGGCACAGCCAAUGGUGACCCUGAACAUGCCCCAGAGCUGGCUGGGAAACUGGUACGUCCACGUUUUACCCAGCCGGCAAAGAUGAGGAAACGUGUCAUCGCUCGCCCGGUGGGCAGCUCAGUGCGCCUGAAGUGCACAGCGAGCGGUAACCCCCGCCCCGAUAUCGUCUGGCUGAAGGACAGUCGGCCGCUGGUGGACGAGGACGGUGGAGCUGGAGGAGGAGGUGGGGGGGACGGGAAGAAGAAGAGGUGGACUCUAAGUCUGAAGAACCUGACGCCGGAGCACAGCGGGAAGUACACCUGCCACGUCUCCAACAGAGCAGGAGAGAUCAACGCCACCUACAAAGUGGAAGUCAUACAGCGCACCAACUCUAAACCCAUCCUGACUGGAACUCACCCUGUCAACACCACCGUGGACUACGGAGGAACCACGUCUUUUCAGUGUAAAGUCCGCAGUGACGUCAAGCCGGUUAUCCAGUGGCUUAAAAGAGUCGAACCUGGUGAUGAGAACAAAUUUAACUCCACCAUAGAGGUGGGGGACCAUCGCUUUGUGGUCCUGCCUACAGGAGAGGUUUGGUCACGUCCUGAUGGAUCUUACCUCAACAAGCUGCUGAUAACCAGAGCCAAGGAGGAGGAUGCUGGCAUGUACAUCUGCCUGGGAGCCAAUACUAUGGGCUACAGCUUCAGGAGUGCCUACCUGACUGUCCUACCAGAUCUGAAGCCCCAAAUCAACUCUAUCCCCACUGCAACAACACCGAGCCUACCCUGGCCCGUCAUUAUUGGAAUACCAGCAGGUGUUGCCUUUAUCUUAGGCACUGCCCUCCUUUGGUUCUGCCAAUCAAAACGCACCUGCUCCUCUUCUUCCCCUUCUUCCUCCACCGCUCUGCCUGCUGCUCAGCGUCUACCUGUGGCCAAUCGUGACCGAGCCUGCCCAACGCUGCCUCCUCAACCGGCCAGCGGGGAUAAAGAUUGUCUUUCAUAUGAGGACUACAUUGCCCAUCAGCAGCUGCUCCUGGCUCAAGGAGGCGCUGGAUUGGCUCCGAAGGUCUACCCGAAGAUCUACACGGAUAUUCACACUCACACGCAUUCACACGUGGACGGGAAAGUGCACCAGCACCAGCACAUUCACUACCAGUGUUAGCAGCAAGGCUUCAUAUUGAACUCUUAGAUGAACAUGUUCCUGUGCAUGCAAACUCAGUCACAACAGUUACAACUAACUGCUGCAAAGAACAAGGAAAGCCACAUGCAAGACACCAUGCGGAUUCAUAAACAAACAUUGGGAUCUUUCUCAUUUUGCUGCAGCCAAAUCUGUGUUAAUGGACUUACUCAAGACACAAACAAUGAAGAAUGUAAAGAGAGAAGACAGAGAUCUUUAUUUUUAGCCAACCAGGGAGCCAAUCCAUUGCAAUCUAUGAGACAAAAAUCCCAAAAUAUGUUUUAUUCGAGCUUCUGGUUAAAUAAAACCUCCUCUGUAAAUAUAUAAACCUCUCCCUUUUUGCUCAAAAGCCCUAUUUGAGGCAACAGUGAACUCACAGCUUCAAGGUAACUUUACAACAAGCCAACAAUUUAUCUGCCUCUGUACUUUUAGUACUAUGGCCACAACCACAACCCCCUCAGUAACAGUACAAAUACAGCUCGCUUACACUACAAGGCUCCAACUAUAGCUACUCAUGUAUAUAUUGGAAUAUGACUAUAUGGCAUUUAGCAUGCUACUUCACCCUGGGUAAUCUAUAAAGAAUAGUAUAGCAUGUGUGUAAUGUGUAGCUUACUUUCAGAGUAUAUCUCAGGCGUCAGCUAACUGAGCCAUAAGAACCACAACUCAGAGAAGCAAACAAGACACACGCCACUGUAUCUGCACCCUCAGCAAAGAUGAGGGCUGCUGGUUUUUGCCUCUGCCGGGCCUACAGCUGUUCUGAUAAACGCCCAGCUGCUAUCUGGGUGCUGUGAGAAAAAGAGCUGAUAUCAGUCUCUCUUAGUAGACUGAGUUUGGCAGCAGCUACGAUGUGAUUUCUGCUGCAACCUAGGACCUCCUCCCGACAGCGGUUGCAGAGGUAGCCAUUCGAUCUCUUACAACUUUAAUAAGUAAAGUACAUCCACUGACAGUUUCCGGCCCCUUGCUUCCCGGAGAAUGGUGGCAUUUCCUCUUUUCAUUGUCUCCUUUUCAGCUUUAGUUGAUGCUUGCUGACUUUAGAAAAUGAGAGGAACGAAGGAUAUCAGUUCUCGUCAUGUCAUAUGUUCAAACAAAGUACAAAGGGAUCUUCAACAAUGCCCCAAUGUAAAAUGGUGCCUUCUAAGAAUUGUGAUUUCAUGGAUCACUCUCGGAUCUUCAGCUAUAUCACAUGUUAUUGUUAGGCUAUUAUAAGAUUUAGAAGAAGAUAAGAUAUAAGAUGAAGAUAAGAUAAGAAGAUUUAAAAGAUUUGAAUAAGAGUAUUGUUAUCAUUAAACUUAGAGCCAUAUAUGGUGCAGAAAGUCUUUCAUGAAGAUGAAUGUUGAUCACUAUGGCAGUACCCACUGAGCAUCUAGAAGUAUAUCAGCUUGUCUUGUUGCUCUACAUUGGCAAUGAAUUAUAAUAGUACAUUCAAGAAAGUAUCUGGGAUACAUGAUCCUGCAUGUUUUGAUUCAGUCGUUUGCAGAGUUACCACUAAUUUUAAUAACCACCUUAAGAGAUUUUUAAAUAAUGAGAUCUACGUAAGUAUUUGAAAGGAUUUACAUGUGGAUUUUAUGCCUUCUCGCACUAUUUGAAUACAAUUUGAUCACCAAGAUUUCAUGUUAACCCCAUGUUAAAGCCCCGUACAUGCCUAUGGUACACUGCUGCAGCUGUUGUCACUUAUUUCAACUAUCUAGACCUCUGCACAGGACUGUGGGCAUGAACAGACUCAACUUCACUGAUAUCUCCCUCGCUCUCAUUUAAAUUUUGUUAUACUUUUUAGAAUGGGAAACGUAGAGCCUUUAUCAUUCUCAUUAAUACAUAGAAUCUGGUAAAUUUAGGUAAUUCCUAAUGCUGUUCCUCCUGGCUUCAUCCUGAGCAGAGGUCUAAUCAGCCAAACUGAAAGCACCUGUGCGUUUGUGCAGGGCCCUUAAUGUGUCAGUGAGGUCUUCAAAAGCUGUUGGGAGUAAAGCGGUUAGUCCAAAAAUAAAAUAUUUUGCUAGUCAGUCUAAGCUAAAAGCUUACAACUGAGCUGGCUGAACUGUCCUAGCUGCAAGGUGAUGAUUUUGUAUUUUGAGAUUAUAAGACCCCAUGGACCCAAUUCGUCAGGAGAAGGAUGUCAGGGAUCCACAAAAACCCAGUGACCAUAAUGAAAAAAGGUUCCAGCCCGUGAACUUUUUUUUUUACAAGCACUCAAAUCCAAAAUCUAUAGAUUGCUUUUGAAACUGCAGCUACGGAAGCAUCAAAAUCAGCUGUAAAACUAGAAGAAGUAGACUUUCACUUUCUCACAGUGCAAUAGCAAUGCUGGAUUUUCUUCUUUGAAGUGUUUAGAGAUAUUCUGAUUCCUACAUUUUCUAGUUUGGAUGACUUUUAUUCUCAGCAUAUAAUUGCAUUAAUGCUCUCAGUGCUCCUGGUAGUAGAACCAGCCCAUGAUAAAUGUGUUUAGACCCACCAGAACCUCAUUUAAAAAAAGAAAAACAAAAAAGAAAAAAAAACAGCCGCAACAAACCUUCUCAGUACACAGCCAUUUAUAACAGACUUGCUCUUUCUCAGGUGUCCAUCAUGUUGUUCCUGUGUGUGCUCAUGAAUCUGACCACUAAAUAAAAACUGUGUAAAAUGAUAUGCUAAGUUAAGAUUUUGGUUUCAGCUGUUUUACAUUACAGCUCUCUCUGAAAGGCACACUUAGCCAUGUGUAUGGUUAAAGAAUUGGGGUGACUCCGUCCAGAGGUUUUUUUUUAACUUAAAAAGGUGGGAAAUGUAGAGAGGUACUGUAUAUAUGUGAAAUUAUGAACUGUAGGCUUGUCAUGUAGUUGAUUGUUUUUGUACUGUAUUUAGUUAAGAUUUCCCUCGGCAGGCUUUCUUCAGGACAUCUAAAAUACAACAGUGAGAACUUUACAAGGGUGUUUAAACAACCAUGUGACAGGAAGGGAUAUAUUGAAAUCACCUGGUAAACUCAGUUACACAUGUGGUUGUUUUUCGCCAUAUAUUUUUGCACAUAAAUCUUUAAACUCAAGUAGGAAAAUGUACAUAUAUAUUAAUACAGAUAAAUCAUAUAUGCCCAUUUUUUAAAUAAUACUCACUGGUACAUUAUUUUUGUCCAGAAAAGAACAGUGGGCCUGCAGACUUGAGCUUUGAAACUGACUCCAGUCUCUUUCUUCAUAUAUUUUUAAGUUACGUCAAAAAAAAAUUUGUUUGAUACCUGUGAAGUUCUUAGUGUGAUCUUCCUCACCGAUUUGAUCACAUACAAAAUGCAGCCUACAGAUAAUCUUUAUCAUCUGUAAGGCUGUACAAAAAUCUAUUCAGACGCUUACAGCAUGCAACUCACGUCCCUCAAACACAGAAGCCCUCUGACCAUGUCGUCCUCUUUAUUCAUCCUUCCAGCAGGUUUCCUCUCUUCUGCAUAAACCCACUAAAUUAAAACAUCAGAACAGAAAAGAAAAAGGAUGCUUACUCUGCUGCCUAAAUGGUUAUUGUACAGUUCCAAUGGGAGACACGUGUUCCUUUAUACGCCUCUCUAGCAACAGCAAUAACUAAAAAUAGCGUUUGAAAUUUUUGCUUUCGUACUCUCCCUUUGAGAUGUUUUUCUUGUCCUCCCCAUCUUUUCUCCUUUGAAACGUCUGCUGACAAAGUCACCCUGAACAACAGCUGGAGUAUGUAAUUUCAUUGUUUUGCCUCGGGUAUUGGAAGGGUGAAAAAUUGUCCAAAAAUAAAAUUUUCUCCAGUCACUGCUAUUAUUUUAUCUCACUUCACAUGUUAAACCUGAGAGUUUUAUGCAUCAAAGCUAAUGGACUGCCAAUAGACAGACUGUAUAUAUGCACUUACCACUAGUAUGUACAUGAAAUGAUAGUAGUGUUGAAAGUAUAGAUAAUAUUAGGUAAUUUAGUGAGAAUGCUUUGGACCAUACAGUAGCUCUAACACACUGGCCCACAAACCAUUGUAAAUGCUAAAGUGUCUCAAGAGUCAAAAAGAAAGUGUGUUUCUAAUUUAUUUUUCUUUUAACCAUGUUUGUUAUUUUCAUAUAAUUGGGCAUUAUACUGCAUGAGUGGAUUUUGUAUUAUAGUCAUAAUGUAAGCUAUGUAGCAAACACCAUGUUCAUGUCAUUGUAAGAUACUGUAUUUAUACAUGCUGGCGGAAUAUACAAAAUUUUAUCGAUAAUCUUUGUAUCGACAAUCUUGUACAGUCUAUCAUCAUUUAGGAUAAAAAAAUGUUUCCUCCCAUUGUAAUCACGUUA